AUGAUGGACCGGCAGGCGGCGGCGGGGGCCAUGGCGGCGUGCCCCACCAAGGCGUCGGCACCAAUGUCGCUCGCCGACCUGGCGGGGCCGGCCUGCGGGGGCCGCACCACGCGCCUGGACAAGAGCAAAGCUGUGGAUGACGAGUUCUGGCUCUACCACUUCAAGAUCGACCUUUGCCCCCGGCGCGACCCCCACGACUGGGAGCAGUGCCUGUAUGCUCACCGCGGGGAGAAGGCGCGGCGGCGGCACCCCUCAAAGUACGACCCGGUUCAGUGCCCAGAGGCGCGCGCGAAACUGCUGUGCCCCCGAGGGGACGAGUGCCCCUGCACGCACUCGCUCUUCGAAUUCUGGCUGCACCCCGACAGGUUCCGCACCUGCAUCUGUGAGCAGGGCCCCAACUGCAACCGCGCCAUCUGCUUCUUUGCACACGCCGACGAGGAGCGCCGCCCCCUGCCAGAGGGCUCGUCAGACCCCAGCACCCUGCCCGGCGGAGGCCGCCCCAGCCGCGGCGCCGCCCACCACAACGGCGGCGGGCGGCGCGGGCGGCCCGGGGCGACGGCCAUGGUGAUCCCGGCCAUCGAUCCGGCAUCGGGCGUGAUGUUCUCGCCCAACCAGGGGAUGCAGUUUGCUCCGAUGGGCCUGGGCGGCCACCACGGGAUGGUGCAGCACGCAGGCAUGGGCAUGCACGCCCAGGUGGCGGCGCUGCAGUGGUCGGCGCCCCUGGGGGUGAGCGCGCCGAUGCAGCCGCUGAUGCAGGCGGGCCACAUGCCGCAGCAGCAGCACCACCACCACCAACAGCACCACCACGCAGUCGGCAACGGCAUGGCGCCCGUGGGCACCAGCAACGGCAUGGGGCUCGGGCCCAUCAACGGCAUCGCCGGCGUCGGCGCGGGCAUCGGAGCGGCCGGCGGGGGGAGUGUGGCCGUGCUGAGCUCGUCCCCCGCGCAGAGCGGCGCCAGCAACCUGUCGUACGCCAGCGUCAAUGCGUUGCGCUCGGCCACGCCCAGCCCGCCGCUGCAGCUGGCCCACCAGGGCAACGGCGCCGUCGUGUGGCAUGACAGCCAGCUGGUGGGGCAGGCGGGCCAUGCGGCGGCCGCGGCGCUGUCGGUGCAGGGCAGCGGGGCGCUGCCGCAGCCGGGGGAGGAGGCUGACGCGAUCCUGUCGUUCAGCCUGUGGGACGGGGACGGCGUGGCGCUCCCGGGCGCGGCGGCGGCCGCCGCGGCGGUUCAGGCGCAGCACCUGGAGCAGCUGCAGCAACAACAGCAGCAGCAGCAGCAGCUGAUUGAGCAGCAGCAGCAACACCAACAGGCGGCCGCAGCGGCCGUCGCCGCUGCGGUUGCACAGCAGCAGCAGCCACUGGAGCAGCAGCAGCAGCAGCAGCAGCCGCCGCCGCAGCAGCAGCAACAAGCAUGCAGUAGGAGCGGCAGCAUGUUUGCGGGGUUUGAGUCUUGGAGCCCCGCACCCUCCCCCCCUCCCACCUCUCCCCACAGCCGUAGCGGAGCUGCGGCUGCCGCCCUGGCCGCAGCGACGGGGUCGCCCAUGGCGAAGGCCGGGUCGCGCCGCGCCGGCGUCACGAGCGCGGUGGCCGCGACGGGCGGCCUGCUGCCUGCGCCGGGCUCGACGGCCGGCGCCACCUCUGCCAGCGCCUCCUCGUCUGCGGCCAGCAGCGCCUCAGCGGGGGGCCCGCUCCACGGCAUUAUGCUCGGCCUGCAGAGCGGACCCGCGCUGGGCGCCGGCACAACAGCACCCCGCAGCGGCCCCGGCUCGCCCCACGGGAAAGCGGGCGGCGACGCGGUCGCGGCCGCGGCCGCGUGCCCGCAAGGGAUGCCGGCCGCCGCCGCGGCGCUGCUCCAGCAGGCGGACGCGCGCGGCGCGGGCGGGGGCGGCGGGGGCGGCUCUGUGGACGCGCUGGCUCAGGACCUGUCCACCCUGCUGUCUGUGGGGGGCCUGCGCGCCCUGUCUGCGCGGCUGUCAGCCAUGGCAGACAGCGCGGAGCAGGGAGGGCCGGCGUCGGGGGCCCAGGGCCGCGCGGCAUCCGACGGCUCCGCGGCGCCGCCCUCGCCGCACGCGGCCGGCGUCGCGCGCUGCGAGCACCUCGUGCACGUGUGA